UCCUUCCUUCAUCUUUUCGAUCCUUCCCCCCUUGCUUUUUCUCUUGUCAAUAUUCAAAUACCACCCGAGUCAUGACAGCAAAUCCCACCAACAGAUCAACAAUAAUACAAACCACCAUCCCAGAACACACCAUAUCACCAAUAUCAAUAAAAAAACAACCCCAUAACUCGCACAAUAUACACCAAUAAAACCCACUCCAAACCAAACCCAACACCGUUAAACCUUAAACCACCCCACAACGCCAUUCCACCGGAACCCUCAAUCCGACCAGACUGGCCUCACCACAAUCAGACGAUCUACCACAACGACACCAGAAAGGGCCAUAGUCGGAGCGGCCCGAGCACUCUUCGCUUACUCGGGGAUUUCCAGGACCAGGAUACGGGCGGAGGGGAGGAGUUACACUAGGUGUAUUGCAUUGGAAAUAAAGUGAUUACUUUUACUAUGUUUAUACAAGUUGUGACGCUAGCUGGAACGGCGUACGCCGUAGUACGGACGUGGUAUGGGUUUCUUUUUGGCAUGGAGAUCGAUCCUUCAUGAUGAUAUUGGGCGGACAAGGAACUGAGUCAGUUGAAUUGGGCUUGCUUGCUCGAGCUGACUUAAAGUAUAUGGGUACUCUGUUGAGAAGCUUAAUUGUGGAUCGCCGAUGGUCGGUGUACAUUUCGGGGACGCUGGAAAUGCUAAAUAGGAUGUCGGAAUUGGAUUCCUGGGUGGUAGUGUCAAUUCCUACAAACUUUACCGGAUACCUACUUUUGGUUGGGAGGGAUAGCUAUUCGCACAGCAACUGGGUGAGUAUUUGGUCCAAGAAGACAAAGGGGUGCUAGCAUUACCUACUUAACAACCUUCAUCAGAUAAAAGCUUCAAGAGCGGGAUACAACUAACCAGUAACCCAGUCUAGUUCGACUAUAACGUCCUUAUCAACCAAGCCCCUUGCCCCUACCAACAUCACGCUAUUCAACUCUGCAACCUCCCCCUAUCUUAGCCGAUGGGAUCCCAAUUCUUGAGCAACACUGAAUAAAAACGGAGAUCAUACUCCGUAAGCUCCUUGGCACGUCAGUCAGUCAGUCAAAGCGUCGAAUCCUAGCUAGUAGCCUAGAUCACGUCUCAUGAGAGAAAUCAGAUGUGAGCAGGAAAAAAAACAAAAAA